UGUGCCUAGGUUCCGAGUAUUUCUUGAGAGAAGUCCCUCCUUCGCUCUCUGCUUCACAUCUCACGGUCUAGGUGUCUUCAGAGGAAUCAUUCUGCUGACGUUGUAGAGACUCCUCCUCGUCCACCAGGAACAAUCCUCGAAAGACAGAUUCACGCCAUGUCUGACUUCACAGACAAGCUUCGACCUGCAGAGCCCCAGGGCCCAAGUAUCCUAGCCCAGGAAAGAGCCGGGUCCAGUGUAAACAAAGACCAAUUGGCAAAUCACCUGCUUUCACGCAAUGACUUCCUCAGUCGACAGCAGAAAAUUCUCUCUAUCCUGGAACCUAUCCCCAUCUUCUGCAAGAAAAACCAGCUCAAUAUGGCCCGUCCGGACCGCUACCAUCUUGGGCUGGCACGAGCAAAGAUGCUAAGGAGAUUGUCUCUCAAGCACGGCUGGGACCGCGACGACUAUCUCAUGGCCGACUAUCUGAUGGAUGAGAUGGGCCCGUACGCUCUUCAUGGGACCAUGUUCAUCACUUCGAUUCGAGAACAAUGCAAUGACGAGCAACGAGCCUACUGGCUGCCCAAAGUUGAGAAUUGGGAGAUCAUUGGCUGUUAUGGCCAGACUGAGCUCGGACACGGCAGCAAUGUCAGGGGCAUCGAAUGUCAAGCCAAAUGGGACCCCAAGACCAAGGAGUUUAUCAUCCACAGCCCUACCAUUACAGCUAGCAAAUGGUGGAAUGGAGCUUUAGGACGAACAGCAUGCCAUGCUAUUGUCGUUGCACAACUGUUGCUCCCAGACGCCAAUACCGGAAAGUACAAGUCCUAUGGCCCGCAUCAGUUCAUCGUUCAGAUUCGGGACAAGAAAACCAACAAGCCACUGGAUGGUAUUGUCAUCGGCGACAUCGGCCCCAAAUACGGCUACCCUGGCAUGGAUAACGGCUAUAUGCUCUUCAACGAGUUCAGAGUCCCUCAUUCGGCCUUGCUGUCCAAGUACUCAGGAGUUGAUCCAGAGCGCGGGACUUACAUCAAACCUCAAAAUGCUGCCCUGGUCUACGGAUCCCUGACCUUUGUGCGUGCUCAAAUCAUUAUGCAUGCGAGACUCAUUCUCGCUAGAGCUGUCACGGUGGCGGUUCGCUACCUCUCUAUCCGCCGACAGUUUCCAGACCGAGAUUCAAGGGAUCCAGACGCUCCUGAACAGGCCGUGCUCAAUUACCCCACGGUCCAAAUCCGUAUCCUCCCGCUUCUGGCCACUACCUUCGCUCUCCAUUACACAGGUGAAGCAAUGUACAAGCUCUACUACGGCACCCGAGAACAGAUCGAGAAGGGUGGCGACUUCUCUCGUCUGGCUGAGAUGCACGCGGCUUCCUCUGGUCUAAAAUCACUGUGCACUACUCUUGCAGCCGACGGGAUCGAGACCUGCCGUCGAGCCAUGGGUGGCCACGGAUUUGGAGGUGGGAGCGGCAUGAUCGCUCUUAACAAUGAGUAUCUGUCCAAACCCACUGUCGAGGGUGACAACUGGAUGAUUACACAACAGACCGCCGCCUAUCUGAUCAAGAGGAUGACCGAGGUGACGAAGAAUCCCAGGAUUAAGCCGACUGACUCCGUGGACGUCCAAUUCCAAGACUUUGUGGCCAACAAAUCAAGGUCUUAUGAUUUUGACAUCCUCGGAAACCCACUAGAGCUGGUCAAGGCCUUCAAGCAUAGAGCUUCAUACCUCUCCUACCAAGUCUACCAGGCAAGGGUUAUUGAGAAGAAGCCCUGGACGAGCAUGAUGAUCAGUCUGCACCGACUCAGUCGAGCCCACUCCGAGAGUCUGCUUGUGUCGAACUUCUACAACGCUGUGUUCGAGAGCACUCCAAACCCUCCUCUUGACGCCGAAACCUUGAAUGUAUUGAAGGUUUUGUUCCGCCUGUUUUCACUCUUCACGCUGGAUGUGUCCGCCUCUGAAUUCCUCCUGUCUAGGGCCUUGUCUGUCGAGAAACUGCAGCAUGUGACACCCGCGAUCCAAGAUUUGAUGGCCCAGGUGCGGCCCCACGCUGUUCGGCUCGUGGAUGCUUGGUCUGUUCCAGACUACCUGCUUGAGAGUGCAUUGGGAAGUUAUGACGGUGACGUAUACAAUCGACUCUUCCAUAAGGCGCACAAGGAGAAUCCGUUGAACCAGCUGACCUUCAACCCGGACUGGAGGACUGAGGAGAUUGUGAUGGGCGAAGGCGAAGAGAAUGCUAGGAGACGUUUGGAAGCUCUGGCAUUGGGCAUGACGGGGCACGAACAAUUUGGUGUCGUCAAGGCAAAGUUGUAGAUAAAGAAAGAUUUGAUCAAGGGCAGAAUGGGGUAAAAGCGAAGCGUCAAUUACAUUUCUC